GUCAUACCAUAAAACUUCAGACAAUUCUGUUACUCUGCAUGUGCUCUCGGCUCUCUCUGUCUUGCCCACAAAGUCGUCUUCUCGGAUUGAUUCAUUUCUCUCUCUCUCUCUCAAAGCAAGACAAAAACAGAAUUAUAAAAGCAAGACAAAGAAAAAGCACAAAAAAGUUUCUAUCAAAAUAUAAAUUUCUCUCUCUACAUGUCUCCAUCAAAAACACCAAACAUGUCUGAUUCUUCUUCUCCUUGGUUCAUAACCUACACCAAGCUUCGUUUCUUCAAUCGCAUCCGACGGUUUCUCCAGCACAAGGCCUCCAUCAAGCGAUCUGCAACGUGCGAUCGGCUCGAUAAAACUCCGAGGAUUGUAGUGGAUAUGGAUAGAGAAGUGAAGCCAAGAGUAGAGGAUGAGAUGGAGAGAGAAAGUAGUAGUGAGGAUGGUUGGAUGGUUUUGCAGAGGUCUGUGAAGAAACUUCACUUUGGGAGCUGGGAAGAGAAGGAGAUGGCGGCCAAGGAGAUAAAGAGAUUGGCUCGAGAUGACAUCAAGAUGAGGAAGUCGUUGGCCGAGCUCGGGGUUGUGCCGGAGUUGGUGGCCAUGGUUGGUUCCGAGGUGGUUGCUCACCGGAGUUUGGCCGUACAAUCUUUGAUUGAACUUGCUAACGGAAAUUACAAGAACAAGGCUCUCAUGGUUGAGGCAGGAAUUAUAUCAAAAUUACCCGAAAACGUCAACGUUUUAGACGAAUCAACGAGGCAUGAAUUUGCACAGCUGAUCAUGUCUAUAUCAUCCCUAGCCAACAGCCAAUUUCCUCUCACCUCACCGAAGAUUCUAUCAUUUGUGCAUGGCGUUCUUGAGUCGAAUUCAGGUACCGUAACCAAAGAGUUGUGUUUGGGUACAUUAUACAACCUUUCCACCAUGUUGGACAAUGCUGGAGCCUUAGUCACAAAUGGGGUUGUUCAGACUCUAUUGAGUAUGUCCUCAAUAAAAGAAACAUCAGAGAAAGCACUUGCUACACUAGGGAACUUGGUGGUGACAUUAAUGGGAAAAAAGGCUUUGGAAAAUAAUCCAAUGGUGCCGGAGAGCUUGAUUGAAACUAUGACAUGGGAGGACAAACCUAAAUGCCAAGAACUUUCCGCCUACAUUUUGAUGAUUCUAGCUCACCAGAGCGCGACACAGAGACAGAAGAUGGCUAAGGCUGGAAUUGUUCCGGUUCUUCUUGAAGUGGCCUUGUUGAGUAGCCCCUUGGCUCAAAAAAGGGCACUGAAACUACUGCAAUGGUUUAAAGAUGAAAGACAAGCGAAAAUCGGACCUCAUUCAGGACCCCAGACAGGAAGGAUGUUAAUAGGGUCUCCUGUAAACCAGAGGGAGGCUGAUGCAGGGAAGAAAAUGAUGAAGAAGAUGGUGAAGGAAAGUCUGUACAAAAAUAUGCAAACCAUUACUAGGCGUGCUGCUGGGGAUUCUCCUAAGCUCAAGGCCUUGGUAAUUAGCUCAAGUUCUAAGAGCUUGCCAUAUUAGAGUUCCAUACCACACCUGUUCAUGACCAAUUUUUAAAGUUCCCAAUUGGAAAACUUCCUAACACAAUAUCAUUGUUCAUGAAUGAUGGGGAUGAGUUCUUCAAGAGGAAUGAUUGAACUUCCAUUGAAUUGCAUUUCUUGUGCAAAUUUGUAUAUGGUGGAAAUAAAGAUUUUUUUCUCGAUAACAAAAUAAUGAAAGAAACAGAAAAUAGUUAUAAGUUA